GGGGGAGCACAAUAAUACAAUUCUGUUUAGGGCACCCAUUUGGCCAGUAGCGGACCUGAUUCUGCCUUAACAUUACACUUGUCACAAACGGAUGGAAAAAUUCUGGAAACAGACGUCUCAAACAGGUUUGAUGAAGUUUUACAUCCUGUAUCAGGAAAGAAGCUCCUUCCCCAACUGCCGCACCGGCACGAAGCGGACAGCCUCGUGCCAAACACACCAGCAGCCGGAAGGACCCUCACGGCGGGGCGGGACCGCUGACGCAACGCCGGCCGGCGAUUGGGGAGUCAGGCGGGAAAAGGCGACAGAGGAGGAGGAUAAAAGGGCGCGCUUCCGGCUAUACGGUGAGAGGAAGACCGACGGUGAACAAACGGAAUUCGUGCGUGCGCUUCAGCGGCCUACAGACGCGCCCACACGGAGUACAACGGAGACAGAUCUGGACUGCUGGCAGGCCGGUCAAGCACACGCACUCCGUAUCUACGAAGCCAUGCUGUUGUAGCACAUGCAGAAUGAGGCCUGGCAUUGUCCUGAUAAAGUAACCAUGGACUUCCCGGGAAAAGACGUUGCCUUGAUGGCAGCAUGUGUCUCUCUUAAACCCCUCAUAUAUACGCCUCAGCGUCAAUGGUACCUUCACACAUAUGCAAGUCACCCAUGCCAUGGGCACUGAUGCACCCCAUACAUUGCACCUUUCACUUAUUACAGUCUGGUUGGUCUUUUUCAUCUUUGUCAGAGAACUCGACAUCCGUUUUUCCCGAAAACAAGCUGAAACAUGGACUCAUCUGACCACAGCACGCCUUUCCACUGCCUUUCAGUCCAUCUGAAAUGAGCUCAGGCCCAGAGAACUCGGCGGCGUUUCUGCAUAGAGUUGAUGUAUGGCUUCCUCCUUGUGUAAAAGAGUUUCAGGUUGCAUUUCUGGAUGCAGCAGCUGACUGCGUUAAGUGACAACGGUUUUCCGAAGUACUCCCGAACCCAUGUGGUUAUAUUUAUCACAGUAGCAUGAUGAUCUUUCAGGCAAAGCCGCCUGAGGGCUCGAAGAUCAUACACAUUCAACAGUGGUUUCGGCCUUCCCCUUUAAGCAAUGAGAUUUCCCCAUUUUCUCUGAAUCGUUUCACAAUAUUAUGGACUGUAGAUGGUGAAAGAUCUAAAUACUUUGCAAUCUUGUGUUGAGCACGGUUCUUUUUGAACUGACUGACAAUUCUCGCACGAAGCUUGGCACAUAAUGGUGAGCCACGACCCAUCCUUGCUAGCAAAGACUUAGCUUUUGGUGGAUGCUCCUUUUUUGACCCAAACCUGAUCCUCCAAAAUGGUUUUAUUUGAAUAUUCUAUAAACUUUUCAGAGCGUCCCAACUUUUUUUGAGUGUGUUGAAGGCAUCAAAUUCUAAAUUUGUUUAUAUUUACAAAAUACAAUUAAGUUGUUCAGUGAAAACAUUGAUGAUCUUUUCUUUGUACUUUUGUCAGUUAAUUAAAGUUUCAAGAGACUUGACAAAUCACAGAUUUUUAAUGUGUUUUAGAAAAAAUCCCAACUUUUAUGGAAAUGGGAUUAAUGUAUGAAUAAAUAUUAAUACUGCAUAUAACAAGUAAAUUGAGUCAUGGAAAGAGUGAUGAGAGAUCUUCAAAAAUAAAAAAUGAGACAGUGGUUGUUGUGGUUUCCUGAUAAUCACACUAUAUAACAGAGAGACACUCAGGCAGUGUGACAGUGAGUGUGUGUGUUGUCACUUUGAGGGGCUGGUGUGUGUGAAGAAGAAUCAGUAAUGAUGAAUUGCUUGUAUCUUUUGUCUGUUGUGUUUCAUGUCGCUGCAGGCUGUUCUCUCUCUGCUGAUAAUCCGACAGAAAUCACAGGACACACAGGUGGUUCAGUGCUGUUCCCCUGCUCCUGCUCUGACCUGAACACCAAACCUCAGAGAUUCACCUGGAGGACCAUCAGAACAGGACGUCUGACAGAAGUGUUAAAUGAUGAACACUACCGUGACAGACUUCAGCUGUUUAAUCACAGUUCUCCUGCUAAUCUGUCUCUGUUCAUAUCUGACCUGAGAGAAGGGGAUGAGGGAAUCUACAGGUGCAGGACUGAGAAGGAACACAGAGACAUCAGGCUUAAUGUUAAAGGCUGUGAGCUGGUGAAGAAGACAGGGGUAGAGGCUAUGACUGUGUUCACAGGAGAGUCUGUAGUUCUGCCCUGCGUCUGCACUGACCUACAGGACAAACCAAAGUCUGUAAAAUGGGAGUUUUCUUUACCAGCAACUGGAAUCAGUCACUUUCAGGAAAUUUACCCUGAACAGACUGGACGUCACAGAAACAGAGUCAAACUGGUCAGUAACAACGCUCCAGGAAACCGCUCUCUACUCAUAUCAGACCUGACUGAAGAGGACCAGGGAAUCUACAGAUGUUCUGUACAGGCUGAUAGCAGAGAUGUCAGAUUAUCUGUUAAAGAAACUUCAACACGCUCGAGGAAAACAGACACAACACUUCCAUCAGAACAACCUCAGAGUAAAAUAACAAACUCUUCACCUGCAUCAUCCUCAACAACACUGGAACAAGAUAAACAGCAAACACACAGCAGCCUCCCUCUAGUUUUUGGCAUUCUGGGAGUUUUACUGCUGGUGAUACCCGGAGUAGUGGCAUUUAUUUCUUGGAGACGCAAAGGAGGAAGAUGUGGAGAGACGGUGAUUACUGAAGGACGUCCGGACUGUAAGAGAAAGCAGAAGGAUCAGACUGAACCUGAUGUUACUUACUCUACUGUAACCCACAUGAACACAACCGGAGCAGCACGGGUCCAGAUCAACACUGGAGACAAAACUGAAUAUGCCAGCAUUUUAACAAUCUAAUCCACAGUAAAUAUCUAGAAUAAUACUGAAUACAUGCAGUAUAUUAAAUACACACCAAUGGUAAGCACAGGAUUCACAAUAUUGGCUUUGUUUAUUUCACUGUGACUUUGUUUUUAUUUGACCAUAAAUAGCAGAUUUAAUCAUAUUUGUGUGCUGAUGGAUAAUCCUGCAAAUUCUAUUUUUAAUGUUUGUGUCAUUUAUUAUCAUUUAUUUUGUGUCAUUUGUUUUUUUUAUUUACAUUUAUGGCAUUUAGCAGACGCCCUUAUCCAGAGCGACUUACAUUUAUCUCAUUUAUACAACUGAGCAGUUUGAGGGUUAAGGGCCUCGCCCAAGAGUCCACCAAUGGUAGCUUGGCAGUGCUAUGCCUUGAACUCCUGACCUUCUGAUCAGCAACCCAGAGACUUUAACCACUGAGACACCACUUAUAUGUUCUAGAAAUCUUUUGUCAUCACCCUGUUUUGCGUAAGAUGACUGCUGUUCUUGCUUGUGACUGUCGUGGGAAAGUCUGUCUGGACUGAAUGUGUGUUUCUAAACUAGUUGUGGUGAAAUUGUUGUGAAAACGGUCCUUAUAGCAUGUUAAAUGGUGCAUGAUAGUGUGCUUGUUGAGUGUGGAGUAUCACACAGUAUUCUCUGUGCAUUGCACAACUUUCAUUAACUUUGAGAAAGAGGAAGUAGCCAUUUUCCCAUCAGUGCCUACUGCCCUGGUCACAGUCUUGCGGUACCUCUGACAUGCUGAGUGUCUCACAGUGGCUCUGAAGUACUAUGAGAAUGGUAGUUAUGAACCCAACUGUGGUUUUAUAAACUGCUAAUACUUGUCAGAGGCGUGUGUAUGACCUUGCAACAAAGUCAUAAAGUGACAUGAUUGUAAUAUAGCAUCCUGCAGAAUCUUGUAAAGAGGGACCGUAGCACAUGUGAGGAGGGUAACUGCUGUUACCCCUACUGUCAGUACUGCUGUUACCCCUGCUGUUACCCCUGCUGUAAUAAUGUCUGCCACUUGUCAGAAUGGCAGUGAACCAGCCUCAUGCUGAUGAAUUGUGCAGCUUGUUCCACUGUGAGACCAAGUGCUGGAAAUGGACAUUGCGCAUAAACCGCUGACAUGAACCAAUCCUGUGGUUGUACGGCAUAGAUUACAUCUGACACCCUUAGCAUUCAGUGUUUUAGUAUGUGCAGAUCUCACUUUGCCUGGAACAUAAGCUCCUCUUUUCCAUAAAGAGAAGAAGAGACUAUGGCUUAUAUACAGCAUGGUGCAAUAAUUAAUUUAUUAAUUCAUCUUCAGUAACUGUUUUAUCCUAGUCAGUGUUGUCAUGGAUCCGGGCUAUAUCCCAGCAACACUGGGCACAUGGUGGGAGAAUUCAGAUGAGAUGCCAGUCUAUCUCAGGGCACCAUUCACACCUGGGGGCAAUCUAACAUAGUAAACCUGCAUGUUUUGAGACAGUGGGAGGAAACCGCAAACACAACCACAAGGAGGACAUGCAAACCUCUGCACAGACAUUAACAUGAUUUCAUUUUCACCUUUUAAUGAUCUGUAAAGAUCUUGUUGAUUUCACAAUCAUGUCUACACUCUUUUUUUAUUUUCUGUUUGUCAUAUUCUAAGUCUUCCAGGCAUCUCACCAGGUCUAAACAUUUUUUUAUGUUUUCUUUACAUUAAGUUUCUCGCUCUUCUUGGUUUUGCUUGUGCACACACUUCUUAAAUAAUAUAAUAUUCUCAUAAUUUGAAAAUAUAUUAGAAAUUUUACUUGAAAUAUUUGUUAAAUUCCUGUAGCUUGUUUGUAGCUUAUAUAUUUUCAUACUAUUUGCAGUGAUGAAAAUAAAUUUUAAAAAAUGACAGUG